CAUCAUAAUAACAAACACUUGUGAAAUGUAAUGUUUAGUCAUGGCUGCUGCUCAACCUGGAACAUCAUCUUCAGCACAGGCAUCAGACAAUCGUAUCUUCCAAUUCCGUCUACAAAUGCUAAUUAUUGAUGGUGGACUCGCAGUUUUAAGAAAUUAUGUAGACCAGGAACUUUUAGCUCAAUCUAUUACUCUUAGUGGAUGUCUUGCAAACGAAAAGACUACUAUCAAACUUUUAAAGGGACGUAAGACAAUAACACAGGUGCAAUAUGAUUUACUGUAUCCAUCGAAUGGCACUGUUUCAACGUCAGAUUUGGACAUCACACUUAUCAUUUGUCUCAUGAGGAACCUAAAAUGUUUCAAGUUAAAUAAAAAGUACAAUUGGAACAUUUUACCAGGACAAAGUGAUACUUCUAUCGAGGCAGACAUUUGUAGACUGAAGAAUUACAGAAAUGAAAUUUGUCAUAUAUCGACCACUACAGGGAUACAAUAUAACGAUUUUAUAACCAAGUGGAAAGAAAUCGAACAGAUUCUCCUUAGAUUUGAUAAAGUGUAUCCCAUCAAAGACUUUCACCAGACAAUUACUGACUUUGAAUAUAGCCCUCUUGAUCCACAAACAGAACAGAGGGUAACAGAUGAAAUUGAAAAGUGGGAAAAACAGGAUAAGGCAAUAGUCGAUGAUCUAGAGUUUCUGAAAUCUGGUCAUAAAGUUUUGCAGGAGGCUAUUGAAGACUUAAAGACUAAAGACAUAAGAUCAAAAAAGGGCCCAGAGAAACAGCUUACUAAAGAAGAGACAGAUGGGCUGGUCAAUUACGUUCUAUACAUGGCCGGACAAGGGUUUUCGCUCACAAGAACGAUGGUCAGAUGCUACGUUCAGGAACGUGAAGAGACAGAAAUAAAGAGACAGGAAGAAAAGAAAAAAAAACGUGAAGAAGUGUGGGAUUUGAAACGUAAACAGAAAUUAGUGGAAGAUGAGUUAAAGGCUGCGAAAAGACAGGAAAAAUGA